UUACUAUAGAUACGCGGCGGCCUCGCUACAGCAAUUCUUCCUCCCCCCCCCUCUCUCCCCCCUCCCCCGUUUUCCCUGCAUGUCGUUGUUGACAUCAGCCUGCGUUGUGUUGCGUUGAUCGUAAUCGUCACCAGACCGUUUUAGCUUGGGGAAUCUCACUGUUGUUGCUGCAGUUGGUGGCGAAGAAAGGGUAGGCCAGAACAUGUCGUGGAGAGGAUCCAGUUGCCGAGUCGUUACUGCACGAGGCGGUUUUUAGUUCAGGCGUGCGAUGGUUGGGAUGAUUGGGGCAUUGUGGGAUGAAAAUUUUGGAUGGUAGGGUUGAUUCGCCCUCUACUACCAGCUUACAAUAUCGGGAGCUACCUUUCUGUUCAGAAGUCCAUUUUGCUCUCGUCCGGGUUUAAUUGAAUUUCCUCGGACUCAGUGAAUGGAUCCCAAUCAACGAGGGUAGAAGGAGCGGCGAUUGCAUUCACGCUGGGGACGGCGGUUUUCAAGAAAUUUUCAAGGGAGAGAAUUAAAAAGUAGGCGCGAUGGUGGAAUGCUUCGAAGUGGAGUGCAGCAAUGCUGCGUAUGGAAAUGGCACAUCUCGUCAAACGGCUGUAUCUAACGGGGCAUCUCAUCAAUCAUCCGUUACCAAGACAGUGUUGCCUGCCGAAGCGGAACACAAGAAGCGCUGCUUGUGGUUUGAAGAAGAGCUGGAAGAGGACUUGCGCUGGGUGUUCGGCGUGUCUAAGAUCCUGCAUACUGGCGUUAGCGAAUUUCAGGAUAUCGAGUUGGUGGAGAGUGGGCCAUUCGGCAAGGUCUUGAUUUUGGACGGCAAGCUUCAAAGCGCAGAGGCAGACGAGUUCGUUUACCACGAAUCCAUCGUCCAUGCCGCUUUGCUUUAUCACCCCAAUCCCAAGAAUGUGUUCAUCAUGGGUGGUGGCGAGGGUUCAACUGCGCGUGAGGCUCUUAAACACAGAAGUGUGGAGAAGGUCGUCAUGUGUGACAUUGACGAGGAAGUCGUCAAUUUUUGCAGAAAACAUCUCACUGUCAAUGCCGAAGCAUUUCGCAGCAAGAGACUGGACCUUAUUAUCAACUGUGCUAGGGCAGAGCUGGAAAAGAAAACGGAAAAAUUUGAUAUUAUUGUCGGAGACUUAGCAGAUCCAGUGGCAGGAGGUCCUUGUUAUCAGCUGUAUACAAAAUCGUUCUAUGAACGCGUCCUCAAGCCAAGUUUGAAAGACGGUGGUAUUCUGGUCACACAAGGAGGACCUGCAGGUAUACUAACGCACACAGAGGUCUACUCCUCUAUCUACAAUACUUUGAGACAAACAUUUAAAUAUGUAGUUCCAUAUGCAGCGCAUGUGCCGUCUUACGCUGAUACUUGGGGCUGGAUAAUGGCCUCAGACGAACCCAUCCCAACAAUCAGUGCUGAAACGACUGAUAACAGGAUAAAGGAAAGGAUUGAUGGGGAACUCAAGUUUCUGGAUGGGCAAACUCUGUCUGCAGCAAUCGCCCUUAAUAAGCAUGUUCGUAGAAGCUUAGCAGCAGAGCGACACGUGUACACAGAGGAGACGGCACGGUUCAUACAUGGACAUGGUACUGCUUUGAAGAAUUGAAGUGACCUUCUGAGGCACGCGGUUAGAUUAGCUUUGGCAUCUUAUCUUUUGUCUUGACUGCCAACUCUAACUCUGGCAAACAAGUUUUGCUCCUUCGGCAAGUGCAAGUUCUUAGGCUUGCCCUGUUCCAAGUUCUCUAGUUAAGAUAGCUUUUGUGUCCUCCAGUGGAUUCAUGUUAUAGGUGAUUGAUUCUCCGCCUUGCAUCUGUCCUAUUAGUGGUGAGAACUCUUGAUCUCCUCCCCUUACACAAUUGCGACCUGAGGCAAAGACCUCUGAGUUCAACCAGCACCCGGGAAUGACAAGAUAAAAAAUAUAAAAAUAUUAAAAAAAUAUAAAUAAAAACUAACCUAUAAAUGAAAUAGAUAAUAAGAGAAAAUUGCAUUUGAACUGUUAAAACACAAAUACCUCUGAUCAAAUUUUGGGCUCCGGGGAAUUGAUUCUCCAAGUGCAGAUAAUAUUGCGAUGCUUGGUCACUUAUGUUGCUAAAUUGAUGGUGCUGCAACCAUCUAAUCAAUACAGAAACUGAAGGCUGUCAAAUCGUC